AAAUUUUGUAUAAUAUUUUUGUACGUGAAUUUAACAUAAUAUUGUUAUAAUAUCAUUGAUUUCAUUUUGGUACUAGUGCCAAAUAAUAUUUAUUGUGAUGUGUAAUUAUAUCAAGUUGAUUUUAAAUUUAUAAGUAUGUGAAGUCUUUAAACAUUAUGGCGCAAAUCUGUCGUAUGAAUAAAUCUGAAGUACCUGUUUUAAUUCGUAUUCUUAACAGCAAUUAUAGGUGCUGCAAAAGACAUAAAACCAACUAUUACGAUGUAUUGCGUAUUCCUCAAGAUGCAACACAGAAGGAAAUAAAAGAAGCUUUUAUUAGGCUAUCAAAAGAGAUGCAUCCUGAUUGUGGAAAUAAAGGAAGUCAUGAUGAUUUUAUAAAACUCAACGAAGCUUAUUCUGUUUUAAGUAAAAAAGAUACUAAACACUAUUAUGAUUUUGAAGUAAAAUAUAAUGAUUCAGCAAAUUGUGAUUUUCAUUCCCAUAGAUUUUAUAACUUUAAUGAUUUAUGUGAAGUUCAAAAUAAUGAACAAUUUGGAAAAGAUAAAGCAAAGGUGCUUGGAGUAUGUGUGGCAAUCAUGAUUUUUGGAACCAUCAUGCAACUAAUACGGAUUAAGAUGUGGUCAGAUUUUAAUAAACGUGCAGCAGCAGAGAGAAAUUUAAAACGUGAGUUAGAGUAUCAAAAUUUUAAGGAACAAAGAGAAGAGAUUCUAAAAUUAAAACAAUUUAAAUUAGAUAUACAUAAUAAAUAACAUUGUAAUAAA